AUGUCCAAUCAAAACAUUCGUCCAGAUAAAUACAAUGAACUGAGAAGUGCCAAUAAAUACUACAUCGAUUCAUACGCUGCAUUGUAUCAGUUAAAAACAGAAAAUGAAGAAGAUUUAAGCUCAAUUUACAAAAUGAUCAAAGCAGAAUUGAUUGAUUCAAAGAAAUAUUGUCCACAAUAUCUUAUUAAAGAUAUUUUUAACAUCAUUCCUUAUAAUAACCGCUAUACAAAGUCAUACUUGAAACUUGUAAAACUCAUUACUGAUGAUUAA